AUGGAGAGCAUGGAUGUUGCACAAGAGGGUACAUCAGCGGCGACGACGCCAGUAGCUGAAAAUGGCCCCGAUAAGAAUGUCGCUGCCGAGGAAAUGACUUCUAGGGAUUAUUAUUUCGAUUCUUACGCGCAUUUUGGUAUACACGAGGAGAUGCUUAAAGAUGAAGUGCGAACCCUCACAUACAGGAACGCCAUGUACCACAACAAGCAUUUGUUCAAGGGAAAAACAGUUUUAGAUAUAGGGUGUGGUACAGGCAUCCUGUCCAUGUUCGCAGCCAAAGCGGGCGCGACCAAAGUCAUAGCAGUGGAGUGCUCAAAUAUCGUCGACUACGCACGAAAGAUUAUUGAGGCUAACAGGCUCAGCGAUGUCAUUGAAAUUGUUAAAGGAAAGGUUGAAGAAGUAGAGCUUCCUGUGGAGAAAGUGGACAUAAUCAUAUCAGAAUGGAUGGGCUACUGCUUGUUCUACGAGAGCAUGCUGGACACAGUUCUGUACGCGAGAGACAAGUGGCUCAAAGAAGAUGGCAUGCUAUUCCCAGACAGAUGUACAUUAUUCAUCUGUGGCAUUGAAGAUCGACAGUACAAAGAUGAGAAGAUCAACUGGUGGGACGAUGUGUAUGGUUUUGACAUGUCUUCCAUUAGGAAAGUGGCUAUAUCUGAACCACUCGUUGAUGUUGUGGACGCCAAACAGGUGGUGACCAAUUCUUGUUUACUUAAAGAAAUAGACUUAUAUACAGUUAAAAAAGAAGACCUCAAUUUUGAGUCCAAGUUCCAUCUUCAGGUGCGACGUAACGACUUCAUCCAGGCGCUGGUGACGUUCUUCAACGUGGAGUUCACGAAGUCGCACAAGCGCCUCGGCUUCAGCACCGCACCCGAGGCGCCCUACACGCACUGGAAACAGACCGUCUUCUACUUCGACGACUACAUGACUGUGAAGAAAUUCGAAGAGAUCACUGGCACAUUUUCAAUGCGUCAGAACGCGCGGAACAACCGCGAUUUGGACUUCGAAAUAGAAAUCGAUUUUAAGGGAGAGCUUUGUCAGGUGAGGGAGAAGAACCACUAUCGGAUGCGCUGA